AUGAAUAAUAAAAAAAAUAUGGCAAUUGAUUUUCAAGACAAUAUGAUACUGCUAACGAGGAAAUAUUUAAAACGUAAGAUAAUGUGCCCUGAAACAAAGUUCAGACAUCAUGUUAAAGAAAGACUGCAUAUAUUGGAACUGUUAAAAAGAACAGUAGAAAUGGGUGAAAGUAAUUCUGCUUUGUUAAUUGGACCUAGGGGUAGUGGAAAAACAACAUUAAUAAACAGUGUUUUAAAAGAAUUGUCAUCUAUGAAAAAUUUCAAAGAUAAUACAUUGAUAGUGAAUCUUCAUGGUCUUGUUCAUACUGAUGAUCGUUUGGCUCUAAAGGAUGCCACUCGUCAGAUGCAACUAGAAAAUGUGGUUGGUGAUAAAGUGUUUGGUACAUUUGCAGAAAAUUUAACUUUCCUCCUUGAAUGUCUAAAGUCUGGUGACAAGAAGCAUUCGAAACCAGUUAUUUUUAUAUUAGAUGAAUUUGACUUGUUUUGUGAACACCACAAUCAGACUCUGUUGUAUAAUUUGUUUGACAUUGCUCAGUCUGCACAAGCACCGAUAUGUGUAAUAGGAAUGACUUGUAGAUUGGAUGUUAUAGAACUUUUAGAAAAAAGAGUUAAAUCAAGAUUUUCUCAUAGGCAAAUAUUUCUGUUUCCUGGGGAUACAUCAUCCUCAGAACAACCAACAUCUGCCUUUAAUGAUCGCUUAGAACUUUUCCAACAUCUACUUAGUCUUCCUGAUGAUGAGAAUGUAAAUAGGAUAGAACAGCAAUAUGAUGACUGUACAAUAGAUCCACAGUUUGGAUCUGUGUGGAAUGAUUAUAUUAAAACAUUAGUUAGCAAUGCCACUAUGAUAAAUUUGUUAAAAAGAAUGUAUCAAAUUGAUAUAAGUGAAAGAAGCUUUAGAAAUUUCUUAGCAGUUGUUGUUUCUACAUUAUCAGAGAAGCAUCAGAGAUUAGAGGUCUCUGAUUUUGUAGAAGCAAGUAAAAUGUUUUCUCAAGAUGAUAAAGUAAUAAUGCUUGAGGGAUUGUCCGUAUUAGAAAUGUGUUUAAUAAUAGCAAUGAAACAUGAAACAGACAUUUAUGAAGGGGAGCCGUUUAAUUUUGAUGCAAUUUACGAUCGUUAUAUUAAAUUUGCUAAUCAAAAUUCUUCUAUACAAACUGUUCAGAAGCCUGUUAUCAUGAAGGCAUUUGAACACAUUAAGAAUUUGGAGUUCUUAUUACCAGCAAGUGGUACAAAUUCAACAGUUGAGAAAGAGUAUCAAUAUUAUAAAUUUUUACUCACAUCACAGCAAGUCAUGGAAGCUGUGAAAAAUUAUUCUGGAUUGCCCACAGAAAUCUCUCAAUGGGCUUUGACUAACAUGGAAUAA